CUUCGAUCCUGACUAGCAAGAUGAGCGACAAGGUGGUAAAACGGCAAAAAACCUCACAUGGCUCUGGAGGGCCCCCUUCGCCAUCAAAAGCUAAGUUCAAGGCCAAGCCAGAGCUUGUGGAGGAAGCAGAAGCAGAAGAAGCAUCAGCGUCUAGCAAUGAUAGCGGCUCAGAACAUGGACAGGCAGAGGACGCCGUCGAGGAGGUGCAGAAGACUUUCAAGGAUCUGGGCAUCGUGGACACCUUAGCCGAAGCAUGCGCAACGCUCAAAUACGACCGACCGACACAGAUCCAAGCCGAGUCUAUACCAAUCGCACUCCAAGGCAGGGACAUUGUCGGUCUCGCAGAGACUGGUUCUGGAAAGACAGCAGCCUUCGCACUGCCCAUCCUGCAGGCCCUCCUCGACAAGCCACAGCCCUUGUUUUCCCUCGUCCUCGCCCCGACCCGUGAACUGGCCUUCCAAAUCGGCAAGACAUUUGAGGCGCUUGGAGCCAUAAUAUCUCUACGAGUCUGCACGAUUGUGGGAGGAAUGGACUUCACGCCGCAACAGAUCGCACUGGCUAAGAAGCCACACGUCGUUGUCGCGACACCUGGUCGCAUAUUAGACCACUUCGAACGUACCAAGGGAUUCAGUCUCCGUGCCUUGAAAUACUUGGUUCUUGAUGAGGCAGACAGACUGCUGGAGCUUGAGUUCGGGCCAGUCAUUGAGAAAAUCCUCAAAUUCCUCCCGCGAGACCGAAACACUUUUCUUUUCAGUGCGACAAUGAGUUCCAAGGUUGAGAGCUUGCAGCGGGCAUCCCUUCGCGACCCGGUCCGAAUCAGCGUCAAAGCCAGCAAAUACCAGACUGUCAAGACGUUGAUACAGAAUUACAUCUUUAUUCCUCUUGUUCACAAGGAUACCUACCUCGUCUGGUUCUUGGCGAACGAGUUUCGCGGUCAGUCCUGCGUCAUCUUCACCAGGACCGUCAACGACACGCAGCGCCUCGCCAUCCUUCUCCGGUCCCUUGGACUGGGUGCUAUUCCCUUGCACGGACAGCUCAGCCAGUCGAACCGGCUGGGCGCGUUGAACAAGUUCAAGGCUGGAAGCCGCGACAUUCUUGUGGCGACAGAUGUUGCGGCCCGCGGUCUCGACAUCCCCAAUGUCGAUCUUGUUGUGAACUAUGAUUUGCCCGGUAAUAGUAAGACGUACGUGCACCGCGUGGGACGGACAGCCCGUGCAGGCAAGAGCGGGCGCGCUCUCAACAUUGUAACACAGUACGACGUUGAGAUCUUCCAGAGGAUAGAGGCGGCACUAGGAGAGGAGCAGAAGGAAUACCCCACAGACAAAGAAGAGGUCUUUGUCUUCAAAACGCGUGUUGAGGAGGCACAGAGAGAGGCGAGGAUCGAAAUGAAGAAUCUCCACCAGGACAGAGGAAAGAAGGGCGCGGUGCUCAAAGGGCGGCCGAGAAACGUCAAACGCAGUCGCGAUCAUAUGGACGCUGAAGAGGGCUAGUGGGCAAUUAUUGACCAGCAGAUAGUGGGGCUUGGAGUGAUUCAAACAGUCUGCGCAUUGGAUCUUCACAGGAAACACAUCCCAAAAGAGCUUGUUUCCGCAUGUGACUUCAGAAGUCAAUUACAUGCCCCCAAAGUCUGCCCUGGCUGCCCUGAGGAAGAGGUCAGAGGGGGCCAGCAUUUGUCGAUUUGCUUACACUUGGUACUAUUGCUUCUUGGCUACACUAAUCACAUCUCAUCAGAUGCC